UGUAUGUAUUAAGGCGACGCUAACUGACUCGAGCUAGCUAGCUCCAGCUAUCUAACGUUAUAUUGGUUGGCUGUACGUUAGCAGACUGUAGUUUCUAUGGUCUGCCGGGCUGGUUCGCUGCGCAGGUUUGGAACGCGCGCCAUUUUGUGAAAUUUACAAAAAAAAUCUGUUUUUAAGAAAACAAGGGCUUCAAUGUUUGGACACAAUUUUUGACAUGAGUUGUAAACAAUGUCGCUAUUGCUGACAUGGAAUUCUUGGCCAGCUGACGAUGUGCAAGCGUGCAUCGAAAUGUUGCUUUUCCUGUGCUCGGAUCGAAUAAGUUUCUGUUGACGGUGCUGGCGAGUUGACGGAGAGGCGCUGUUGAUUUGGAAACACAAUUGACACCAACUCAUAGGAGUGAAGGCUGUACGUUGGGAAAUCAGGGGGGCUCCAUGGAGGAGAACAGACUGGAUUUACUAAAUCGCCGUAAGGCAUUGGGGUGGAUAAAUGAGGAUAUGUUUCUCGGAUAGGAAGAGUGACAGGCACCGACAAAGGAGGAGAGACUUCAGCAUGCAAACCUUCAUCUGUCCGGCCUGCCCCCUCGUUUUUCUUCCACGCCGCCGGGCCUCCCAUGGCUGCUCCCAUGCCCCAUUCUCACCAGCAGUACAGUGAGCGGCACCAGCAGCCCACUGAGCCGGCCGGGCCGGCGCUGCCUCACAGCGAGCAGGCACAGCAGUCUAUCGGCAGCCAGGUGACCCCUGAUGUUGUCAUGUUACAGAGGCGCAUGCCCCAGUGCUUUCGCGACCCUUCCUCUGCUCCCCUGAGGAAACUCUCUAUCGACCUCAUCAAAACCUACAAACACAUCAACGAGGUUUACUAUGCAAAAAAGAAGCGUCGUCACCAGCAGGGCCAGGGAGAAGACUCCAGCCACAAGAAGGAGAGGAAGGUCUACAAUGACGGCCACGACGAUGACAACUACGACUACAUCGUCAAGAACGGCGAGAAAUGGAUGGACCGCUACGAGAUCGACUCCCUCAUAGGAAAAGGCUCCUUUGGCCAGGUUGUAAAAGCGUACGACCGUGUUGAGCAGGAGUGGGUGGCAAUUAAGAUCAUCAAGAACAAGAAGGCUUUUCUAAAUCAAGCCCAGAUUGAAGUUCGGCUCCUCGAGCUCAUGAACAAACAUGACACAGAGAUGAAGUACUACAUAGUUCACCUGAAGCGCCACUUUAUGUUCCGGAACCACCUCUGCUUGGUGUUUGAGAUGCUCUCCUACAACCUGUACGACCUGCUGCGGAACACCAAUUUCCGCGGCGUCUCGCUCAACCUCACGCGCAAGUUUGCCCAGCAGAUGUGCACGGCGCUGCUGUUCCUGGCCACGCCCGAGCUCAGCAUCAUCCACUGUGACCUGAAGCCCGAGAACAUCCUGCUCUGCAACCCCAAGAGGAGCGCCAUCAAGAUCGUGGACUUUGGCAGCUCCUGCCAGCUGGGCCAGAGGAUAUACCAGUACAUCCAGAGUCGUUUCUACCGCUCCCCUGAGGUGCUGCUGGGAAUGCCUUAUGACCUGGCCAUAGACAUGUGGUCUCUGGGCUGUAUCCUGGUGGAGAUGCACACCGGGGAGCCCCUGUUCAGCGGGGCCAACGAGGUGGAUCAGAUGAAUAAAAUAGUUGAGGUGCUGGGUGUGCCUCCCAAUCACAUACUGGACCAGGCACCCAAGGCCAGGAAGUUCUUUGAGAAAAUGUCUGACAGUACAUGGAGCGCAAAGAAGACCAAAGAUGGCAAACGGUAUAAGCCGGCGGGGACGCGUAAGCUGCACAGCAUCCUGGGCGUGGAGGCGGGUGGGCCGGGGGGGCGGCGGGCGGGCGAGUCGGGCCACGCCGUGGCCGACUACCUGAAGUUCAAGGACCUGAUCCUGCGCAUGCUGGACUACGACGCCAAGAGCCGCAUCCAGCCCUACUACGCCCUGCAGCACAGCUUCUUCAAGAAGACCGCGGACGAGGGCACCAACACGAGCAGCAGCGUGUCCACCAGCCCGGCCCUGGAGCAGUCCCAGUCAUCAGGCACCACCUCCAGCACCUCCUCCAGCUCAGGGGGCUCCUCUGGCACCAGUACCAGCGGGCGGGCACGCUCAGACCCCACGCAUCAGCACCGGCACAGCGGAGGACACUUCAGCGCUGCCGUACAGGUCAUGGACUGUGACAACCUCUGCCCACAGCAGUCCAGGCAGCCGUUUCCCCCCCCCGCGGGCUGGGACGGCGGUGACGGGACCCAGCAGGUGACGGUGGAGACCCACCCCGUCCAGGAGACCACCUUCCACCUGCCUCCCCAGCAGCCCAAGGCCCUCCACCCCCUGGUCAGUGCUAAUAGCUCCUCCCACCACCAUCACCACGGCCACCAUCACCAUGGACACCAUCACCACGGACACCACCACCCCCAUGGACAGCAGGGCCUGCCAGCUCGGCCUCGGCCACGCCUUUACCACUCGCCCACCAACAGCGCCUCCACACAGGACUCCAUGGAGGUGGUGCACGGCCACCUGUCCAUGACCUCCCUGUCUUCCUCCGCCUCGUCCUCCUCCACCUCUUCCUCUUCCACCGGGAACCAGGGCAACCAGGCCUACCAGCUGCGCCCGCUCCCAGCCAACGCAGCCUUGGACUUUGGCCAGAAUGGCAGCAUGACCAUGGGAUUGGGUGCCUUCUCUAACCCCAGACAGGAGACUGGCAUGGCAGGCCACCCCACCUACCCUCUGGGCACGAACACGGGGCCCGGUCACUACAUAACGGAGGGCCACAUGGGCAUGAGACAGGCCAUCGACAGGGAGGAGUCUCCCAUGGCAGGCGUCUGCGUACAGCAGAGUUCUGUUGCCAGUUCCUGACUAAACUGAGGAUGGGUUGUUAUUUCUUUCAGUAAUGUUUUUUUCUUUCUUUCUUUUUUCUUUUUUCUCUGUGUAUUUUUUAAAUGGUGGUGUUUUUUUUGUUGUUUUUUUUACAAGAAAAGUGCAUAGAGAUCAAAAAGCUGCUUAAAAUUCAAGGGGAGAUGAUUACUGACCCGCUACAAGUGUGCAGAGCCGCCAUCUCUCCUGUCCUCCAUCCAAAGUUUCUCUCCUUGGUUCUGGGUUUUCCACACGGAUUUCUGACUCAUCACUUUGUUUUCACAGGGAUUAUUACCAAUGUUUUAUUGACUUGACCGUCUUGCAUAUUAUACUUAAUCAUCCAUUCAUUUCACAAACACCUCUCACUCUACUCUGCAUGGUCUGCAUUAAUCCUUGUUAAUGUCAGCCUGGAGUUUAAAAUUUUUGUUGAAAAAAAAUCAACCUAGAUUUUUAGUUGUUAUGCCAUUGGCUCUUAAAACAGAAAUGCUAUACACCAUUACAUUUCCCCUUAACUAUUCCUAUCCACACUUUUUAACUUUUUGUUUGCAUAAGCUUUCCAUAUCUGGCAAGAAUGAUUUUGAUUGUUUCUGUAUUUAUUCAUUUUGUUUCAGUUUCAUGUUAAUGCAGUUCCACAAAGGAGCAAUGUGAGGCCUGUAGAGGAAAGAAAGGAAGCCGGCACAAAUUCCAUCAGGUUGUGCGUUAGUUGGAGUGUGAUACAUUGCGGAGCCUGCCAGCAACAUGGGGCUGAUGGUAACUGUUCUCCAGGGCAGCAGGGGGCAGCAGAGGGCUGUUGCUCCUGAGUGGUGAGAGAUGGGAGGACUCAGAAGGGCCACACUGAAGAGAUGCACUGAAUAACAUCAGGCCACCAGGGCCCCAUAGUCUACCACAGUGUGGAUUUGUUUUUGUUUUUUGACCCUUUUGGCCUUAUUGUUUUGUUUUUGUUUUUUUAAACUUCUCUGAAAGAUGCGGAAGGAAAGUGAAAGAAGAACGUUACAGUUUAAUGAGAAAAAGAUAUUUCCUGUAUUUUUGAAGUCUGGAUAAAGUAAACCCUUAAUUCUUAUCAGAAGAAAAAAUUGGAAAUAUAGGAGUUUUUAGGAUGGUAAUUCAAGAGGCCUUUCUUUAAGAUGUAUGACUUGCUAGGCCCCCCUGACUGCUGGACCUUUGCGAGUUCCACAGAAGUAGUUUAAUUUUGUAUUUUCGUUUUGAGAUGGAUGAAAUUUGCUACAACUGUCCCUGUCCUGCUUUAUACUUGCUUUUAUUUUUCUUUGCUUUUUUCUUCAGCAUGUGGAUCCUCCAACAGAGCUUCUGCACAAAUGUCUUCUGUUCAUCUUGAAAUUGAAAACAUGCAGAAUUUUAUGUGACCGUUUUUUUUUUUCGCCUCACAAUUAUGCUGUGAAUUUUACAAGAAUUUUAUUUUCCCUUUGAUAAUUUAUUGUACCAAAGCUGUUAUUUUUUUUUAUAGCACAUAGAUGUCUGUAACCAAUAAUGUAGCAGUUCUGCACUUUGACACAAGGUGUAUCAAGACCUUUUUUAAAUGUCAGUAAAAAUGGCUGUAUCUAUUGCUUUAGCAAAACUGGAACUGUUGUUAAACUCAGUAAAUUUACUGUUAGCUGUAUCCUCGACAGAAUUGGUUGUAAUUCUUAUUAUUUUAUUUUUUUUAUACAAAAAAUGAAACUAACAAAAACAAAUUUCUUUCAUUGAUAGAACUUUUUUCCGUUAUCAAGGACUUGAAGGAGACAUGAGAUGCGAUGCUGGCUGCUACUCUGCAGGUUCCGGAGUAUCAGUCUGGUGGCUGUGAGUCGAGGCCAGCCCUUGUGUUCACGUGUCAGAAGAGGGAAAGGCUUAAACGUGAACAGUGCUUUAAUCCUUCAAUUUGUGACCUAGGAUUUAUAGGCUGUUUCAAACGUGCCUACCUAUUUGGCUAAUGCUGCAUUAGAAACCUAUAGUGGCAGUCUUCACGGCAGUGGCUAAAAUCUACCCCCCCCCCCUUCAAAUUUAAAGCAACCCUAUUUGAUCUAGCUGAGCAGAGGCACUGUACGCAUUCAAAUUUCAAUAAAUAUGUUUUUUAGGAGAGGGAGAUAACUUCUCAAAAUUAGAGUGUAUCCACAUGUUUGACAAACUCACCGUGAGUGUUGAAUCCAAAAGGAAACUAGUAGGGAUGGUGUGAGAAGUGAGCCCUGCCUGCUGGAUGUUUGUACACAUACUCCAGUCUUUUUCGUGCGAUGCCUGGAGAAGGAAGUGGAACUGGGCCCAUCCGUGUUGUGCCAGUUGUGAAAUGAACGCAAAGGAGUGGCAACAGCUAGGGGAAAGGUAUCCAUGAAAAAAAAACAAAAAAAAACACAGGCUUCAGGUGUUUACUUUUCAACCCCAUUUUAAUAGUUGAAAUAGAAUUUAUGUAUAUAUUUAUAUUUUUUUAAUAAAGGAAGUUUAGAACUCACUACUUUUUUCCUAAUGGUAUUUUGAUUACAUUUAAGUCAAUGUGGAGACCAUGCAGUGGAAGUUCUUCUGUGAUAUUAGUCAAUGGGUAACAGUGCUUCCAGGCCAAAGUAGUUUGACAAAGCCAGUACAAAUGCAAGUCUUGUAGGGUUUAAACAUUUUAACAGGAGAGAGUAGAUAUUCAUACCUUAAAUAUUAUAGACAGGGUAUAGUGUGUGGGUGUAUGUCUAUGAAUCUGAAUGACAGCAGUGUUUUAAUAUAUAACAAAUACAUAAGCAAUUAUGUACACAUAUUACAGGAACUAUUUUUUAGUUGCAAAUUGGAUUAAACUUCAACCGUGGGUCAAUUUUUGAAGUUAGGCUAAUACAUGUGUGUAGAAAGCCAUGAUAGUCAACACAAUAUAACCACAAACAUCCAACAAUUAACUCCCAAGUGUUAAGUAUGAUUUAUGCUCUGCACCAUAUUCCAUUCAGAAAAAGGCUUUUUUUUUUGUCCUCCAGCCCAGUCCCCUGACCCCCUAGUCUGGUUUUGAGUGAUUGACAACACAGUUUGGUUACAGGUUGUCUGACGUGCACUGUAAAGAUUUAAACAGCAUGGGAAAACGAGAAAUACCUGUGUCCACAGAUUGUAAGAUCUAGUCAAUACUUGCUGUGUAUAUGAUGAUGUUACAAAAAGAUUAAAAAUGGACAAACCCUUUGUAUUAUAUUCAAACGGUCUUAUGUAUGAUAUAAAAAAGUUAAUUAACUUG